AUGACCGGCAGAACAGAAAUGUCGCUGGCAGAGGUGCCUGUGGCAUCUUGCAGAGCCCUCUGUGAUGUUUCUUUAGGGAAGCUAUCUGCAGUUGUGCCAGCGUGCUCCCUGAGUCACUCAAAUCAUUCACCUGUGGUCGCAUGUUUCACUUGGAGAAAUGACUCACGUGUUUCCCUCGAAGGACACCCCACUCCAACGGAGUUUUCCUGGGCAGAGGUCAAACACAGCACUUACCAGAGGCCUCAGACAGAGCCACAAGGACUGACAGAAAUGGGGCCAAGCCCCCCGUGGAGGGGCAGGGUGGGAGGACAGCACGGGAGGAUUCACCACCAGCGUGCCCCGCUGUGGCUCCUCUCCCACCAGGCUGGAGAGCUGCAGCCCCUCAGCCCCACCACGCUUCCUGGGCAAGACCAAGAGACCGUCGCUCGAACAGGGGGAUGUGGGUGGGCAUACAGGAAACACCCAGCUGCCAACCCUCAGCUCGCCGCCUCCUCGGAACAGGAACCGGGGUUUCCUGGAGACAAGGGCAAACACAGCACAGCCACCGCCGGCCGGGAGGGAGCUGCUGACCCCUCUGCCCAGCAGCAACAUGCUACGCAGGCAACUGCCAAACAUGGGGUUUCUGGUGUUCGCAGGAGAGACGUGUCCCCUGCUCCUGGCCCCGGAGACAAGACGUGGCGGCUGGAGGAGCGGCUCUCCAGCCAGGAGAGGACCACAGCCUUCCUCCUCCACCAGGUCUUCCGAGUCAAGGACAACAUCGUCUCGUACCUCCAGGAGAGCUCGGGUUAUCAGCACAGGGAGACUGCUGCCCGGCAGCUGUUGGAAAACCACGUCCAGACCAUUGCAGGCAUGGUUCAGAAGCUCAGCCAGGACAUAGAGGUUUUGGAGAGGCAAAUAAGAACAAGGGAUGGUGCCACAGUGCAAACUAAUUUUGCUGUUCAAAACCUGGACCAUAAAUACAUCCAGAGUCUUGGAGACCUGCGUGGAAGAGUGGUAAGAUGUGAGGCAAGUAUUGCAAAGCUAUCAGGAGACAUCAGCAUUAUCAGGCGUGAGGUCCAGAAGAUCGAUAAGGAGAUUUACAGCCUUCACUCUACCCUCAAGUAUUCUGUGAGUGGCUUUGAGAAGAUGGUAACGCAGCUGUUAGGCAAGAUGGAGACUUCCAACUCUGAUCAAAGCUCAAAUUUAAAGACAGUCCAGGGAGAUCAACAUCACAAAUUGCAACUUCUGGAUUUCAAGUUGACAAGCAUUCUAAGUGACUUCAAAGAUCAGAUGCAGCAUCAGCAGAAGUGGACAGAAGCGCAGCUGACACGCUCUGAAGACCAAGCCCAGCACAGGCACCAGCUGCUGAAUGCGAUGAAGGACAGGCUGGAAGCGGCAGAAAAGAAAAUAGAGGAAAAGCUUCUGCUUCUGUCACUAAAGCUAGAACAAACAGAGAAACCAGAGAAAUACAAACAACAGUUGAACCAGAUGAGAAGUGAUGAAAACAACCUGCACACAAGAAUCACCAGAUUUGAAAGACAGAUCUGGAAGGAGCUUGAGGAAAUCCAAAAUGAAUACAGAUCAGGAUUUCAAUCUAUUCAUGAGUCUCUGGAGCUGCUCAAACAAAUACAGAACACAAAGCUGAAGCUUGAAAAAAAGAAGAUUCAGAAAGACACUCGAAGAUACAAAGCAAGUGACCUCCCACAAGAAUGA